AUGCCCAAAGCCGCGACAACCGUCCCGACCACGGUCCCGACCACGAUAGCUGCCGCUAUCCAAAGCCAGGUCUUCGAGCCUUAUCCUUCGCGCCGGCAGGGGGUCGUGUAUUUGGAGGGGCUACCGUACGGACUCUCGCCCAUCAAACUCGAUAAACACCACUGGCUCUGCCCGGCCGCGUACUGGACACCUGCGCCAUGCUACAGAGUGUUCAAGUCGAGUGCGAACGCCAAGGACCAUUACCAAAAACACUUGGGUUUGAGACUCCUGUGCGAAACUCCCGGAUGCGGCGCCUCAUAUUCUGACAGGCCUGCUUUGCAUAAGCAUAUGGUCAAAGACCACGGGUACAUUGCGACGGGGGCGGGUGGUCGGUCAAAGGACAAGAAGAGGAAGUGUGUGGCGAAGCCAAAGGGAUUACCACAGGUGAACUCUGGGCAUUCGACGCUUAAUGCGUCGAGCUCAUCUCAUUCGUCGGCUGCACUGAAUACGCAGCCUCAGCGUGAGCGGGCUUCUCCGCCCCUUUAUCCUCUCGUGUCUGGGCAUUCGCUUCCUCUUCCCUUUCCUGGUACCAUGCAAGCGGUCACAAAUCCCCAGUAUAGUAGUCUCCCAAUCCAUGGCGCGUGUUUUCCAUGGUCAGUCCAGCAAUCUCCCUCUCCGUCUACUAGUACACAAAGCAACACCACAACAUCGACUCCACUUCAUACACCGACGUUCGAGCCACGACUACCUUUACCUUCUCUGACAUCAACAAGGACCGAUGUUGAUAGUUACAUGAUCGCCACACCGUUUUCUCGCACAGCCCUGGACGUGUCUCUGUAUCAUCACAUGACCUUCGAUGCGCUCAUGGAUCUCUUCGAGCCUAUUUACGACGCGGAGUACUCUGGUCCGGAGCGGUGCGAAUCCGCGAAAACAACCCCACAACAUACCGACUGGGGGCUCUCGGCCACUCAAAAUAAUUCCAGUGUCAACACGGGCGCCGAUGUACCCAUGCUUUCGUAUCCUUGA